CUUAUCGAGACAGCCCUCUCUAUGAGAUGACAUCUUCACAACUCUCCUGCACACACCCUUGAGCCAUGGUUCACUUCACUCCUCUGCAGCGCCCAAGUGUGGGCGUCUUCAGCCAGUUUCCGCUCCCCAAGGUCGCCGCUGCCUUCCUCAUCCUCUUCGCCUUCGUCCUCCUCGCACACGACCUCAGUCCCCACUUGAGCUCGCGCACGCCGCAGUAUUAUGACUAUUCAAUCUCUCCCAGCGUGAAUAGCUCGCAUCCUCACGAGGCUUUUGGCGGGUCGCGUUUGGCGCGCACGCUCGGCAGCAACGAGCGGGAAUAUCAGAGGAUGAUCGUGAACAGAGAGAACCUCAUUAAAUGGGUUGGAGGAAGACAGAUCGCCUCAUUCCCUUCCAAACAGACCCAGUUCUACGUCCUGUGGGACUUUUACAUUCCCGCCUUCUCGUGUCCCUUUCCGAUGUACCGCGUCGGCACACUCGCCGAUGGCGGGAAGUGGGUCUGCGGCCUCGAGCGUAUCAUCACUAACAACCCCCGCUGCAUCGUCUACUCGCUCAACAACAACACGCAAUCCUACUCCUCAUUCGAACAGGACAUCCUCGAGAGGUCUUCCAAGUGCCAGGUGUUCGGAUUCGAUGUGAGCUCGCAGGGCACGGCGCCUAAUUGGCCAUGGGGCAAAGAAAAGCACCGAGUCGACUCGCGACUGCAUGUGCACAAUUUCGGGAUCGGCGACAAGGCUCGCUCACUACGCAGCGUCAUGAAACAGCUCGGACACAAAUUCAUUGACAUUCUCAAGGUUGAUCUUGAGGGUGGCGAGUUCGCCGCACUUCCCUCGAUCCUGGCAGAGUGGGGCGAUCAGCCGCUGCCGUUUGGCCAGUUGCUGGUCGAGGUCCACGUCGGUUGGACGAAAGGUGCACCGCUUACUUUCACAUAUUUCGGGAUGGUAUUGAGAUAUCCAGAUAUGACGACGGUCGGCGAUUUCGGAGCCUGGUUCGAGAGGCUGGAGCGAGCAGGACUGCGGCCCUUUUAUUUUGAGAUCAGCAUGACGGAUGUGAAUACGAUGCGUGCGGAGCCGGCGGUGGGAUACUGGUCAUUUAUGAACAUCAGAGGCAGUCAUGCGCUUUUAGACGACAGCUUACCAGAGUAUCCUUGAUUUUCUUUGGAAAUUACAUCAGCCCGAGUUGCAAAUGAACGUUCCAAAACAUUUGAUGAAACUCAGGUCCCAAUCAAGUUCGGUCCCGAUUGGAAGUUUAAUUCAUUGAAAUCAAGAUUGCAGUAAAU